AUGUCAGAAAUUCCACCUGUUAUUCCUUUAGAUGGAACAACUCUAAGCUUUUCAUCGGAAUGUUUCCCAAAAGAAGAAUCUAGCCAAUUGGCAAUUGUACCUUCGUCAUGUUCACGAGAACAACAAAAUAAUAUUUCAUCUCAAACUUGUAACAUUUCAUCGAAUCUCUCAGAAAUAAUUCCGUCAUGCAAUGAAAAUAAUUCAAAUAAACAAAUAGCUAUCGGAAAUCUUCCAAAUAAUGAAUCAUCAGAUAUAAAAAUGUUUAUGGUCACAUCUCCAUCACAAAGUGAUGAUAUAUCAUUUGAAGAAAAGAAUUUACUUUUAAAUGAACUAACUGAUAAUGUUAAUUUAUCAUCAUUAUCAUUUCUACAAACAAAACAACGUAAAAUCGAUCAUAGAAGAAAUAAAAGUGAACCAGUUAUAAAUACUAAUUUAGAAGAUCUUUCUUCAAUUAAUUCUUCUUAUACAAGACCAAGUAUACUUGAAUCAUCAUCAACUAGUACAACAAGUAAUGAAUCAGCAAUAAGUAGUAAUGCAUCUUUUGAAAAAAAAAGAAAAUCUUCCAAAAAAUCACUUUCACCAUCACGAAAUCUGAAAAAAAACAUGGAAAAUAAUAAUUCACCUCAAAUACAAGACAAAUCAUCAUCAACGACAAAAAAGAAAAAGCCAUGGUAUAAUUAUAAAAAUAUCUUAUAG